GUUUCGUUGCAUUUAUUGUUUAUUUUUUGCUGUUAAUACUUGAACGUCUAUACUUUUCUGUUUUUAACCACUCGCAGACAUUCAUUUACACUUUGAAAUGCUUUCCGCUUCUUUUCUUACUACUGCCUCUCUUCUAACCCUGCAGCUUGCCAUUACUACUGCAGCGCAAUCAUUUGCUGGUGAGGCUACGUUUUUUAGCAAUCGUCCUGGUGCUCCAGGAGCGUGCGGUGUGGGAUUUACCGAUAAUGAAUUUAUUGCAGCCGUGUCCCAAGACUUGUUUAAAGGAUUUGCAGAUCCAAGCUUUUGCGGUAAAAAAGCAAAAGUAACCUUCAAAGGCAAAACUAUUACAGUCGUAUUGAUUGAUAGCUGCCCUGGAUGUAAACCCACUAGUCUAGAUUUGUCUCCUGUUGCAUUCAAGGCACUUGAAGAUCCAGAUAUCGGUGUGAUACCUAUUCAAUGGUCUUUAGAUGGCAGCGACUCACCUGAACCUACUCCAAAUUUCCCCGAAACUAUUUCACCUGAACAAACUAACCAGCCAGAUUCACAGACCGAUUUCCCUACAGACACAGCUGAUUUCCCCGAAACUAUUUCACCUGAACAAACUAAUCAGCCAGAUUCACAGACCGAUUUCCCUACCGCUCCUUGCACCGAGAGCACUGAUGCGCCGUUUGAAACCGAAGCGACAUUACUAUCUGAUGAAAGUGAUGACGACAAUACUGAUAAUGAACAAGACGAUGAACCAGAGCAAGAUGAUGCCACCGGUCAAUCAUCAGAAUCACAACCACAAGAUACAAACUCGACUGAUACUUCCAAAAAUGGUCAGCCUUGCAACGACCAAAGCAAUGAUGCAUCCCUUGUUCGUCGCUCUCUAUGGAGACGUCGUUGAAUACUCAAUACUUGAUUUUUUUAUAAACAAUGAUAAUGGUCGUACAAUUCAUAGCAGACUAAACGCGAUCAAAGCUAAUAAUAUCAGAUUUACUCUU